UUUUGGUGACCGUGAACCACGUCACGGCCACAAUGUUCACCUUCGUGCCGAGGACGCGGCACUUCGCAGGCGAUGAAAUUUUGGUUGACGUUGACAACAUCGUUGCUUGCGGCAGCGUCUGCCUCACUCUGCCGACGUGUGGGGCCUUCGCUUGGUUUAAAAAUAAGGAGCCGAAAUGUAAGAUUUUUAAAAGAAUAUACGGUGCGAUGUCGACGCCCUCAAACGGAACUUUCUACGCCCCGUUGGCCCUCUCGUCUGGGCAGCGUAUAGCGUUGUUACCAGCACCAGCCAAUCCAACUUGGAGCGAUCACCUUCAGGCAUGUCAAGCUCAGAACUUGGAGAUGCUACACUCUCCUUCCAACUCUAGGGACGUCAACAUCAUCGCUUCUCUGGGCAAAGUUGCCCUGGAUGUUCAAAAAUCAAAACCCUUGCCAUUAUUCCAACUCGUAAUUAGCACCCAUGACUCCAAACACGUCGACUUGUCAGCUUUCGGGAGCGGUUUUCCGGCCUAUGAAUUCUUUGUUUAUCCCAAGUGUCUGAUGGUGGACUUCUUCAAUCCAUACUGGCUAGAUUGUGACUCGGACAUUACUGGUGCUCCUAACGUGGUCUGCGUACAGCCGUAG